CCCCACCAACACAAUGACAGCCGUGCGGAUAUCCUACGACGCGCUGCUCACCAACCCGAGCAGCGUGCACGAGUCCAUCAGCGCGGCGUUCGGCUCGGCAAAAGGCUCCCUGGGAGCAAUCUUCAUCACCGACCUGCCCGACACCUUCCCAGCCCAGCGUGCGCGCCUCUUCCACCUCGCCCACGUACUCGGAAACCUGCCACCCAGCGUCCGCGAGUCCCUCUCCCGUCCGCACACGGCAUACUCCUUCGGCUGGAGCCACGGUAAAGAAGUGAUGAACGGCAAGGCGGACACCCAAAAGGGGAGCUACUAUGCCAAUCCGCUCCUCGACUAUCCCGACGUCAGCGACGCACAAAGAGAAGCUCACCCGGAGUAUUACGCUGGGAAUGUUUGGCCUGAUGGCGUGGCCGGGCUGGAGGAGUUCGAGAGCGCGUUCAAGGAGCUUGGGGCGUUCGUGGCGAGUGUCGGCGUUGCGCUGGCCCGCGCGUGCGAGGAGUUUGUCGCAGUCCCCGACCGCUCCAUCGCGCAGAUCAUCACCGACUCAAAAGCCAACAAGGCCCGCCUGCUGCACUACUACCCCUCCGCGGCGUCGAGCCACGCCGACAGCCUGUGCGGGACGCACCUCGACCAUUCUUUGCUGACGGGGCUCUGCUCGGCAAUGUAUCUGAACGCAGCGGGCGACCCCGUGCCGCCGCCGUCGCCAGACGCAGGGCUGUACAUCUUCCCCCGCGGCGGCGGGGACGCGGUGCAGGUCAAGAUCCCAGCAGACUGCCUCGCGUUCCAGAUGGGCGAGGCGCUCGAGCUGCUGACGGGCGGUAAGCUUGCCGCGACGCCGCACUUUGUUAGCGGUGGUUCUGGCGCCGAGGACGUGUCCCGUGAGAACUUUGCCUUCUUCCUCCAACCCGACGUCGACGAUGUCAUCGGUCCCGACGGCGAGACGUUUGGCCAGUUCACCAAGCGCGUCCUCCAGCGCCACUACUCGGACCUCGGCAAGUAGCCCAGCCCAAC